GAGGAAGGGGUGAUCCUCAGUGGGGGGGUGAUAGGUUCCCGGAUUGAGAUUUUCGCCAUUUUUUUUUUUUUACUCCAGUACAACCGGUGGGGUGGAAACGCCACUGAUCUAUCCGUUGAUUUCACAGGACCCGCCGACAGAUUGACCUAGUAGCAGCAACUGUCGAGCAUUUUUAUCAAUUUGUCAGUUUAAACUAAACUUCGCCACUCGCAACAAAAUGGGCGACCGGGACGAUUUAGUAUAUCAGGCAAAACUCGCCGAGCAGGCGGAAAGAUAUGACGAAAUGGUGGAGUCCAUGAAGAGAGUGGCCGGGUUGGAUGUGGAACUAACAGUCGAGGAGCGAAACCUACUUUCAGUGGCCUACAAAAAUGUCAUUGGGGCGAGGAGAGCAUCAUGGAGGAUAAUCAGCAGUAUUGAACAAAGGGAAGAAAACAAGGGCGGAGAAGACAAAUUGAAAAUGAUCCGGGAAUACAGGCAAACGGUUGAGAACGAGCUGAAGUCGAUCUGUAAUGACAUUCUUGAUGUACUGGACAAGCACCUUAUUCCAGCUGCUAACACGGGAGAGUCCAAGGUCUUCUACUACAAAAUGAAAGGCGAUUACCACAGGUAUCUGGCUGAGUUUGCUACCGGGAACGACCGGAAGGAGGCUGCGGAGAACAGUUUGGUUGCCUACAAAGCUGCUAGCGACAUCGCCAUGAUCGAACUGCCACCGACACACCCCAUUCGCCUAGGCCUCGCUCUUAACUUCUCCGUAUUUUACUAUGAAAUCCUCAAUUCACCCGACCGCGCGUGCAGGUUGGCGAAGGCUGCGUUCGAUGAUGCCAUCGCAGAGCUGGACACGCUGAGCGAAGAAAGCUACAAGGACUCCACACUAAUCAUGCAGUUGUUACGUGACAACCUGACACUAUGGACUUCAGACAUGCAGGGAGAUGGUGAAGAACAGAACAAAGAGGCGCUGCAAGAUGUGGAGGAUGAGCCCCAGUGAGACAUUACAGCCAACCUGAGACCCCACCCACCCCACCCCCACACACAAACUGUGGCCGCCACGCCCAAGUGACCGCGGCUCUCAGCAGCUCUCUGACCACAUGGUCUUAGAAAUAAUCAGUCAUUGUUAUUAUUGUUUUUGGUUUUGUUUUUUUGCCCUUUAAUUCAAUUCAAAUAUAAAUACCACUUAAUUGAGACAAUAAAUACAAUUUUGGAAAGGCAAAGAGUCCCUGGUUUAUUUUUAUUUUUCUCGGUACACGCGGUUCUGAAAAAAAUCUUUGUUUUCAUUAUUGUAUUGUUUUAAUUUAGUUUUGUUUAUGAUCUUUCCUCAAUAUUUUAUCAGUUGCUGGAUGUAUUUUGAGAUUUUUUUUUUCUUAAUGUAAUUACAGAAAUUAACUUUUAUUACUGAUAUGUCUAUUAGUUGUGGGAGCUGUACUAUUUCUGUUAGUGAGAGAUGCAAAUCAUUAAUCCUUUUUAAGGACAAGUCUAAACAAAGUCCUCUUUCGUGAACCUAGUUUAUCAGAGGAAGUUGGCAAAAUUCUUGAUAUCCACGUGGAGCAAAAUGCUUAACUUUUACACCAUAGUGAUUCUAUUGUGAUGUUUUGGAUUGUAUGUUGUGCUAAAAUACUGUAUUGCGAAUACUUGCUGAUUUCAGAUGAGGGCUGGUAGCCGUAAAAAUCAGAGGAAGCCAUGCGUUAACAGACAGUUCUCGACUGGCUUCUGUUGCAAGAUGACAGGGUUCUAAAUAGAUGAUUUCAAGCCUGCAUGAGUUCAUUAAUUUUCUGCCUCUUUCCCCUCCUUUUAUAUAGCUCAAUGUUUUCCUUUUCUUUCAGCUUCAUUAUGUGUAACUUACAGCUAAUUUGUACUACUGGAUAUCUGACUGGAGCCACAAUCUGUAUUGUUCUUACUGAAACACAGCAUGGAAUUAACAUUAAACAAUCUAAAUUAAACAUA